AUGGCGACUCUGCAUGUUCUGUUUGCUUGCAUCUUAGCACUGCUGAUUUGUUCCGCCGCCGCCGCAGAGAGCUAUAAUAAGAAGAAUCAAGUGCCAGCAGUGUUCGUGUUCGGAGACUCGUUGGUUGAUACAGGGAACAACAACUACGUCCACACCAUCGCCAAGGGAAACUUCCCACCUUACGGCCGAGACUUCGCCGGCGGAAGAGCCACCGGCAGGUUCAGCAAUGCCAAAGGAGUCGCCGACUACAUUGCUCAAGUCUUGGGAGUGAAACAACUUUUGCCACCAUAUUUGGAUCCAAGCUUGGACCUCCAAGAACUGCUUACUGGCGUGUGUUUUGCUUCUGCUGGUUCCGGUUACGACCCUCGAACACCCCAAAAAAUGAACGCAAUACCGAUGAUGACUCAACUAAACAUGUUCAAAGAGUACAUAAAGAGGAUCAAUGCAAGCGUUGGCCCAGAAAGAACACAAGAAAUCAUUUCCCAGAGCGCAUACAUCAUCUUCAUGGGCAGCAAUGACCUCACCAACACGUACCCAAACCGUCGACUACCGGUACACCGAAGAAUCCUACACCGAUCUUAUGAUCAGCCUAGCUCUAGACUUCCACAAGUCUAUGCGAACGUACAGAAACUAUAUGAAGCUGGAGCAAGAAGAAUUGGGUUGGUGGAGUUACCUCCGACGGGGUGUGCACCAGCGAUACGAUCCUCGCAGGGUGGACCGAGGAGGGAGUGUUCGGAGAGCCUCAACAGGCGCAUCAGGCUGUUCAACUCCAAGCUGUCUCUGAUGGUUGAUCAGAUGAAUCAAGAGCUUCCAGGAACCAAAGCUGUGAAGUUCGAGCUCUACAAUCAUUUCGUUUCCCUCGCCGAGAAUCCAGCUCCAUACGGGAUUGAAGAGGUUAAAAGAGGGUGCUGUGGCACCGGGAACAUAGAGAGUGGGGUGCUCUGUGUAGUCCCAGGGACCUGCGCUGCUGCUGACAAGUACUUGUUCUUUGACAGCUUCCAUCCGACUGAACUUGCUGCACGAAUUCUCACAUAUCAAACUCUUUCUCCUCCCGAUUUAAGCAAGCUCUUCUGA